GCAGGCACGGCCCCGGUUCCCAUGGUAACGACUCUGCGCGUCCUAGGACUCGCCUAGCUGCGUUCAGAAUGAGUACUUUGCCUCCUGUGCAGAUACAGUGUCCAAAGGAACAUCGCAGCCUUGUAGAGCAGAUGGUUUGCCCUUCAAUAAAACUUGCAAGGAUUCAUUUGAUCAAAGACAAAGAUGCCAUAGAUCAUUAUUUGGCGAUGAAUAUCAAAGGGUUGUCAAAACAAGAGGCUGCUGCUUACAGGAAUUCAUACAAGAAGAACAUCUGCAUAGACAUGCUGCGACAGGGUUAUCACAAGUCCUUCUCUGAGCUCUUCACUCUGAUACAGAAGUGGAAUGCCUUGAGGGAGGCUUCAGGGCCUGGGUCAGCCAUAUGGCAGCAGAAGUCCCUGGAGGAGCAGCCUGAUAAGCUGGAUCAGCUUCACCAUUUCCUGACCAGGGCUGAGGCAGCCCAACGAGCAGAGUACUAUGAGGAGGUGUACAAUAACCAACUUAAUUUGGCCUACUGCUUCAACAACCCUGAGGACAAAUGGUUAAGGAAUUAUUUUUAUGAACAAUGCUUAAGCACUGCUCAGCUGAUCAAAAUAGAUGGUGGGAAAAAAGAGGCUGAAGCGCAUGCAAAUAUGGGCCUUGUCAAUGAGGAACAAGGUCAGUUCAUGAAAGCUGCUGAGCAUUAUGAAACAUUCCAUCAAUUGACACUGGGACGGAUGUGGAAGGAUGAGACAGGCCACACUUACAACUCACUGGCCUCUAAGCAUCUCUGGAGAAUUUACACUUUACUAGCAGGCAAAAUGCUAGAAAAUACAGAACACCAACAGGCCAUCAAAACUCUAAUAAAAGCUUUUGAAAUGGCAAAAAAAGGAGGUGAUAAGAAGAUGGAAGGAGAAUCUGCCUAUUGCUUAGGGCUAGCCUAUCAUUCUGCUGGAGAAGAACAGACAGCAAUAAUAAAUCUGAACACCUACAAAGAAAUCUCCACAGAACUGUGUGAUCUUGUUGGCCUAGGUAGAGCAUAUCAAGCUAUAGCCAAGGUCCUGGUAAGUCAGGGAAAAGUGACUGAGGCUAUUGAGUACUUGGAAAAGUUUGUGACGGUUGCCGAGAGUGCUCAGCUAAGCCGAAGUUUAGUGGAUGCAUGCAUAUCCCUUGGAGAUAUUUACAAUGAAAGAGGGAACUAUUACAAAGCCUGUGAAUAUUUCAGUCAGGCUUUUGAGGCAGCAAACACCCUAACUGACUUGCCCGUGGUGAAUGAAACUAAAGUUUAUUACGGCAUCGCAAAAGCUCAUAACAUGAUGGUGGCAGUUAACAGUCAUAUAGACGCUGCAGAUCACGUCAGCAUUGAGUACCUGCUGGCAUGGAAGGAGAACAGAAGUGACAUGUGCACUGACCCUUUUACAGUUGAGCUUGCUAAAGACACAAGUGGUAUUCUGGAGACCAAUGAACUAUUUCUGCAGACCCCAGUUCAAGAACCUCUCUGAGAAUUCCAGUUCACUGAGAGAAAAAGCUCUGAACCCUUUUGAUGAAGUCAAGAAGAUCCUUGUUAGAAAACAUGCAGAAAAAUGUUUGCGUUUCAGUUUGUAAUUUUAAAAGGAGCACAGAGUUGCUGUGCAAGCGCCC